CUUGCCCAUCACUGAAGAGCAGCUUUUUGAAGUGCUCAAAGAUCAGAUCAAUGGCAUUGCCUUCCAUCAAGAAACUAAUUUCCUUGAAAUCACCCUUAAAGAACCACCCAUGACCAAAACCCUCCUCACUGAGAUGAUGACUGAGACCCUGAAGAAAUCAAUCAGUAACAGCACAAACAAAACCCCUAAGAUUGUGGAUCAACAAACAAUCACACCAACUGCCUCUUCCAGUAAGAGUAGCAUAACACCAACUAACUCCAAUAAUACCCCUGCAGCUUCUGCAUCACAACAGUUCUACACACCUAUGCAUCAAUCCUCACCAUACAUUCCAGUUGCUGCUGUAUUUAAUCAAAAAGAUAUUACUGACAAUCAUUCCAGCACUUUCCAAAACUCUGCCUCCCAACACCUGUUUCUUAAAGAGAACAUGACAAUCUAUGAGGCUGCUGGUUGGCUGUCUGAACCAGAGCAGACUUCACUGCUUGAACUGUAA